AUGGGAUCACGUUACGAGGUCGAAGUCACCCUCCGCCCCUACGCCGGCGUCUGGGUCGACACCGCCGCCAUUGCCGCCAAGCGCUACACCCGCGUCGACGAGGACGGCGAUACCUCCCCCCGCUGGGGCGACAGGCUCCUCAUCGCCUUCGACUUCCCGAUCGAGGACUCCACCCUCUGCGUCGACAUCUUCCACGCCGAUGCCGCCGAGGACACUAAACCGCUCAUCGGAUCCGCCAGGCUCUGCCUCCGCGACGUCGUCGACGACGCCGCUGCCGAGAGGAGACUCGAGCUGAAGCGCCCCUCCGGCCGGCCACAGGGGAAGCUGGAGGUCAGGGUCUCCGUCCGCGAACCGCCGCCGUACCCCGCGCCGGAUCCCUACCACGCGCCGCAGUUCGGCGUGCCUCCGCCGGGGACCAGGGAGUACUAUCGGCCGCUGCCGUACGGUGGCCCCUAUGGCGGGCCUCCGGCCUAUGCGGCCCCUAUGAGAGGCUAUUUUGGCGCGUACGGUAUACCGCAUCCGAUCUACCGGCAUCCGGCGUACGGGCAGGGCAGAUUAUCUCCCAAUAUAAUACUGCAAAUCGAAAACCGAGUUUCUUCUAGUCGUUACUAA